ACAGAGACCUGUCAAAGAGCACAAACGCCAUCUUGACAGCAAUCUCAAAAUGGCAGAAAGAUGUGAGUCAGAAACUGGGUCCAAACUAAGAUUCCGGAACUCCGCUACUUAAAACCAGGUUCGUCGCUUUUCCUAUAAAUGGGUAUGGAGUUGGUGUGCGGUGCUGCAGCACAGAGCCUGUAAAAUGGAUAUAACCGUGGCGGUUUUUAACGCGGCCAGAGAUGGUAAGCUGAAACUUAUCCAGAAGUUGCUGAGCAACAAAACUCCUGAGGAGCUGGAGGCUUUAGCGGAGGAGAAAAUCCAGGGCAGUACCGCGCUGCUCAUAGCCUCUCGGUACGGACAUUUAGAGGUGGUAGACUACCUGCUUGAACAUUGUAAAGCUAAUGUUGAACUCGGGGGCUCGGUCAACUUUGACGGCGAGACUAUCGAGGGGGCUCCGCCGCUGUGGGCGGCUUCGGCAGCGGGUCACCUCCCCGUGGUGAAGACGCUCCUGAAACACGGCGCCUCGGUGAACAACGCCACGCUAACCAACUCCACCCCGCUCCGAGCCGCUUGCUUCGACGGCCACCUGGAGAUCGUCCGAUACCUGGUGGAGCACAGAGCGGACAUGGAGGUCGCCAACCGCCACGGCCACACCUGCCUCAUGAUCUCCUGCUACAAGGGCCACAAAGAGAUAGCCAAGUUCCUCCUGGACCGUGGGGCUGACGUGAACCGUAAGAGUGUGAAGGGAAACACGGCCCUCCAUGACUGUGCUGAGUCUGGGAGUCUGGACAUCAUGAAGAUGCUGCUGAAGUGCAACGCCGGCAUGGAGAGGGAUGGAUAUGGGAUGACCCCCCUACUGGCUGCCAGUGUAACGGGUCACACUAACAUUGUGGAGUAUCUGGCCCACCAGGCUCACACUUCUAGAGAGGAGCGGGUCGAUGCUCUGGACCUACUGGGGGCUACGUUUGUGGACAAAAAGCGAGAUCUGUUGGGAGCAAUGAGGUACUGGAGAAGAGCCAUGGAGCUGAGGCAGGCGGGUGACAAAGAUGGAUCACUGUCCAAGCCUCCACCUGGUCCCCCCAUCCCUGCCUACGGCUGUGCCCAGGAGGUGACCACCGCAGAGGAGCUGGAAGCUUUGAUCACAGAUCCUGAUGAAAUGAGGAUGCAGGCCUUGCUGGUUCGUGAGCGCAUCCUUGGGCCAUCUCACCCGGACACAUCUUAUUACAUUCGGUACAGGGGAGCUGUGUAUGCUGACUCAGGCAACUUUGAACGCUGUAUCAGUCUGUGGAAAUAUGCUUUAGACAUGCAGCAGAGCAACUUGGACCCCCUCAGUCCCAUGACAGCCUCAAGUUUCUUAUCCUUUGCAGAACUCUUUUCUUUUGUUCUUCAGGACAGGGCCAAAGGCACCCUGUCAACUCGCAUCACCUUUCAGGAUCUAAUGACUGUGCUGGGGAAAAGUGUGAGGGAAGUUGAAAGAGCUGUGGCACAGAAAGAUAACCCCCCAGAAGCCCCUCAGUUCAACAAGGCACUCUCCAUCAUCCUCCACCUCAUCUUUUUACUAGAAAAGCUCGAGUGCAGCCCUGAGCAAGAACACCAAAAGAAGCACACUGUCUACCGGCUGCUCAAGCUCAACCCUCGAGGUCGGAAUGGAUUCACUCCGCUUCACAUGGCCGUGGACAAAGAAACCACAUCCGUGGGGCGCUAUCCAGUUGGCCGCUUUCCCUCCCAGGCGGUGGCAGCGCUGCUCCUAGAGUGCGGCGCAGAUGUAGAUUCACGGGACUGCGAGAACAACACCCCGCUGCACAUUACUGCCAACAAUGGUUACCCAGAGAUCAUGGCGCUGCUCGUGAAGGCGGGGGCCCACUUCGACGCGACGAACGCUCAGAGGAAAACGGCCUACGAGCUGUUGGAUGAGCACAGCAGUGGCCACCCGGCGCUCUAUCCGCUGAACUACAUCACCCUUCAGUGCCUGGCAGCUCGUGCAAUUGAAAAGCACAGGCUGCCAUACAGAGGACUGAUCUCUGAGGAGAUGGAGGCUUUCAUUGAGCUCCACUGACAUCCAUGAAGAGGCUUCCCUUUAACAAACAUUAUCUCCACUUCUGGUUCUAACAAGUAUGUAUCAGACCAAACCAUAGCAAUAAACAUACAUCCUCUGGAAGUAGCCUCUGCUUCAGAUCUGAAUUUAAUUUCAUGAUGAAGUCUCAAAGACUUUUAAACUGAUUGAUUCUGGUGGAGGUGUGGACUUAGGUCACAAUUGUGAAAGACUUGGACUUGGACCCUGGCUUAAACUUCAACACUAGUCACUCCUGACUUCACUUGAGCCUUUUGGCCUCAAAAUAUUUGAAAUUUUACAUCAAACAGAAAGUAUGUAAUUUUAAAGAAGCGUGUCCCUCACAAAUGUUCGCUUUUUUAGUUUGCUGCUGUUUUAAACUUACUGCCCAGAAUCUAACACGACAUGCAAUUAUGUUGCAGAAGAGCGUAAAGAGGUACAGUGAAGUUACUGAGCAAAAUAAUAAUAAUGAAGAUCAUUUCAUUAGUUUUACACAAAUUACAAGGUGAUCAAAAAGAACUAUAUUGUCUGAGAAACGCAUAGGUUAGAAUUACAGACAGAAAGACAACAAUCUGGAACUUCCUUUGACAUUUAUAGUUGCGAACAGAAUAAGGACUCAUGCGUGCUUAAUGUUGGCUUAAUAGCUAGGAAAGGUUAAAGGCCGUAAAGCCAUUUUACAUACAUGAUAAAAUGUCUAAAUACUGUGAAAACUAUCAUCAAGUUUCUGAGUCCAAAGUGACACAUUAAAUUAUUUUGCUAACAGUCCAAACCUCAGUAUUAGUUAAAAUCCGUUGAUUGUUAAAAUGGAAAUCAAUCAAAAAACAGCUAAUUCUUGCAUUUGUAGGCCUUACACCAGUAGAUAUUUGCAAAACAGUUACUUAAAAACAAUUGCCAGAUCAUUUUCUAAUUUAAUUAUUAAGCAUCCUCUACAGUAUUGAUUUUUAAAUAAUCCUGUUAAUUAACCUGACAAUGUGUUCUUACAUUCAUCCAUAAAGUAGGUGAGUAACUCGAGAAGGAUGUUAUAUUGUAGAAAGCAUCUAUUAUUUAAAACAUUACAAUUGUCACUUAAUUUGGACAACACAGACAGCUACAUACAGUGUCCCUUCAACAAUAGUCUUACAGAAUAUUUACUUUUAAAGGUGUUGCUUCAAUAAGAGAUGGCUAGGAAACUGUCAGACAUAACAACCCUUUUGAUGUCUGCAAGUUGAAGUUGCAGCUUGUUCUGGCAAAUAAAUACCCUAAGGUAUUACUAAUAUUUUUGCUAACUCUGUAUUACUAAGUAUUACUCUGUGAUUAAAUUACAAAUUUGGUUAAUUUACUUGGUUAAGACUGAAAAUUCAACGUUUAGAACUUGCACUUCUGGACUUCGGACUUUUUACUUGGGACUUGAGACUUAUUAUGACUAGCAAAAUGAUGACUUGGUCCCACCUUAGGUUUCUGUUAACGAGUUUCUUCAACAAAAAAGGAGCAUCAUGAUCAGGCUUUUAUGAAAUACAGGCUUCAGAGUUAUUGACACAAGGCAUCUGGUCAAAGUUUCCUGAAAACAUGCAUGAAAAUGAAGUGUGGUUAUUGUAGUUCAAUUCUUGUUUUGUUAAUUUAUAUACUUAAAGUCAACUCAAAUUCUAGCAGGUUUUUCACUUAUGUCUGUUUAAUUUUGGGAAGGUGCCAAACAUUCUGUUACUGACUUUUUUCUGAAAAGACAAAAGUGUAACAUCUUUAAAUCUAAGCAAGAGUAAGAACUUCAAGCAAGGACACUAAUUUAACAGUAUCAAAGGACUAGUAACUCUAGUGUCUUAAUAUUUAAGACUGUGAUACUCUUUGUCACCCUUGAGAACAAUUACUUGAAAGACUCUGAGGUAAUUAGUGUUGAUUGAAUUGCAUAAAACAGGCAGCAACAAACUCAUCUCUCUGUUUCUAACUGUUUCUAACCUAAGCAGUUGGUAUUAAUCCAACUCAAAGUAUUUUUCACCAAGCUGAAAGUAUCUCUGCAGCACUUAGUGACUUGGGCCGGUUCAUUCACAGUAAACUGCCGUCUUCCGAGAUAACUAAGAACGCCUUCUUAGUUUUCUCAUCCUCUCAAAGCAAAUUGUUUAAUACUAGGAAGCCUGAAGUACAUCUAAAUCCAUUUUCUUUCUGUAAUUACAUCCUCAGCUAAUGUGUUUAGUUGAAUGUCAAUAAGAGAGCUUCAGACUGUUAUUAGGGAUUAAAACAGAAACUUGUUUUUUCAGGAGAGUCCCAGUUUUUCCCUUUAACCUCAAACGCAUCUCAAAGGAAUGAAACAGAUGGCUGUUUCAGCCAUUAUUGCAUCUCAGUCUUACAGCACAAGACUUCCUUUUGUUGAUCUUGUAUUUAUUGCAGAUGUUUUGUUGAAACUGAAUGCACGCGGAUUGGCUCGAUAAAUCCUGGAAUCCUUACAUUCGGGCUCUGAGCUGACGCUGCCUUUCUUACUGAACUCAUUCAUUUACCUGAUUGGCUUAAAAGCAGAAUUGUCUUGGAGAUGCCUGAAUAAAAUUUAGAAUCAAAACAUGA